CAGAUGGUCUAAAAAUAAUUUCACUGCCGAUAUCCUUGCCUAAAAGUCAUGACGGCGAUAGUAGAACUCGAAAGCUGGCUGAUUUACCAAUACAUCGCCACAGAAUGCAGUAACUGUCUUUGAUACUCUGUACCCAUUUAUUUUCCGGUGCUAUUUUUUUCUCUCCUUUCCAAACUGCCCUAAAUGUUGGAUACAAUUAUGACCGAGAGCGCUUUUAAAGCCAGAGACAUCGGGCUCAGAGCCCAGAAGAAGAUCUUGUCCCGAAUGGCGGGCAAGAACAUCGCCAGAGCUUUCAUCGAUGAUACUACGGCCUCCUUACUUGAUAACUUAUACCGUCUUGCUAAACAAUAUUCGAACAACAAGAAAGAAGCGGAGAAACUUAUCAAGAACAUAAUAAAAGUCGUAAUAAAGCUGGGAGUCCUGCACAGGAACAACAUGCUUUCCGAGGACGAGAUAAAACAAGCCGAGAAGUUCAAAUCCAAGUUUCGGAUGGCCGGCAUGGCCAUUAUAUCCUUCUACGAGGUGGACUUCAGCUACGACCGAAACUACAUAGUUAACGCUCUGAACGAAAGCCAAAAGUGCCUUGAAAUCAUCGUUUCUAAACACCUGACUGACAAGUCCUUGUCGAGAAUCGAGAGUGUGUUCUCCUUCUUUACAAACGAACACUUUUUGGAUGCCAUUUUUAAAAGGGACUCGGAGUACAGAGAGGUCCUAGGGAGAGUCGUGGGCGACCUGAAUAAGGCCAUUGACAAUGGGGAUCUUUAGUCCUGCUUUUUGUGAUUUUUUUUAUGUGUGAUUUAGUUUUCAUGUUGAUUGGGUGAUUUAUUUUGUUCAUGGAAAAAUGUAUAUCGUUCCUACUUGGCAGAUGGCCUUUUUCGUACAACUAGAAUUGAUGGUAGAAGUAUAUCAGCGGGGAAUGAAAUAUACAUUUUUUUUUACUCGAUAUUUGUUGAUAUUGACAAUAUGAUAUUUUAUCGGUGUUAUUGAUUCUACCUGGAUUUCCAAUAUAUUAACAAAUUUACUGAAGAAAAAUAGCAAUAUCAUAAUUUUGUAGCUGUGCUCAAAAUUUCCCAAAUAAAAUUUGAUAUUGAAGAAUGGCGUCGUGGUAACUCGUUGUACAUAUAACAAUACUACAUAUCUUUAUUUAUAUUGUACUGCAUGAAAAUCUAGAAUAUAGCAUAUUUUUGCACUGGAAAAAAGUCUUUAGUCUCUAUUUUGGAACAUAGAUUAAAGAAGCCCUAAGUCAUUAAUGUACAAAAAAGUGAUAUAUACUUAUAUUUUAUACAGCUUACCCACUGUCUCGUACCAAAGCAUAGAACGGCCACGUUAUUUUUUGCUUCGUCUUUAACUGAAUUACGACUAAGCUUACAAUUGACAGUUGUAAAUUGCUUAUCCUAACUCAACUUUAUUGGCAACUGACAAUUGUAAUAGCAAUUGCCAAUUGUAAUUGACAGCUGACAAAAACUGUCAACUGUAUUUGACACUUGACAGCAAUACCAAUUGUCAGUUGUAAUUGACAGCUGACACAAAGAACAAUUGUCAUUAAUAACUGACAAUUGUGAUUAUUUUCACGUAAUUGAUUGUAAAUUUGGUCAUCGUAACGUAAAUUCACAGCUGCAUAAUACAGAAGCCGCUCUACGCUUUUGUAGUCUUGUUAUCGCUUUUUGCUUAAAUAUUUUAUAUAUAUUAUCAAUUAUUAUAUGUAAAAUAAUUUUCCUAGGCAUAUCAUUUCGUAUGAUAUCAAUAUAAUUUAAAAUAAUAAUAAUUUGACAAUAAAUCUCACCUUUUCUAUAUAAAUAUACAGUAUAAGCCAAAAAGAAGGAAAGAAAAUUAAGAUAUCAAAGUUUUGUUUCCAAAUACAUAAAAAUGUGGAAAUUAAAUGGUACAGGGUGCUGGAAAGCAUUACGAUUUAAUGUUAUUUAGUUUAUGACGGAAAUUAGUGUAAAGUUGUAAGACUCGGUUGUUUCAACACUUCAUACGGCUUAAAAUUGAUUUGACUUUCGAAUUGGUGCUUUUAAAGCACUUUUACUCAAAAGUGCUAUUGAUCUCUCUCGAUUUAUUACUUACUGCAUUUCCAUAGCACCCUGUAUAAUACUGGCAAAAUAUCUUGGCGAAUAAUAAAUAUUUUCUUUUUGGUGCACCCUGUAUCGUAACCUCUUAAUAAGUAUUUACUAGUCCUAAUUUUAAGUCGAGUCAAAUGGUUUUUAAGGUUUUUUAAUUACAAAAUUCAGGGUGUUUUUGGCGAUUCCUCUUAGAGGGCAGCAUGUGGGCAUUGCAAAGCGAAAAUCACCAGCCCUGAAAUAUUUUUUGUGGCUACUUAAAACACACUGUUUUACACCUAGCGUAAAUAUUAAAGUUAGCGCAUAUUCAAUAUUUCUCUCACUUUACUGCAGAAGGGCACAAGAAACAAGAACCAAAAAAAAAAA